AUGGAAAUAAAGGACAGAUUACAAACAGCUAGGUUUGUCCAUAUUCAAACAUCAAAUUGGUAUGACAUUAAAUUUAAUAAUGUCAGGAAACAUCCAAAGAAUUUUCCAGAUUGGAAAACUUUGGACGAUCAUCUUUAUUAUAGAAGACCUGAUCUCGUUGAGGAGAUCUUGGGUGACGAGGAAGAGUGGAAAAAGGUACGAAAAGAUCACAAAGUACCGGAAACACUGAGAAGGAAUUACGAGGAGCCAGACGCUCGACAUCUCGGUCGUAACAAAAUGUAUGAGCGCAUCAAGACAAAAUUUUACUGGCCAGGCAUGUCCAAAGACGUUGAAGAGUUUGUACAAGCCUGUGAUACUUGCAAGCAGAUCAAGUACAAACAGACUUCUUCGAAAGCUCCACUCCAAUCGAGAUAA